AUGGAUGGGUCUGUGAUCAUUUCCCAUCUUAAAAAGGAAGCAGAUGUAAAAACCGAAAAUUCAGAGACAGUUGAGAUAAUUGAGAUAACUGAACAAGACAUUCAACAGGUCAUAGAGUUACAACAAAAUGUUCAAGAAACAGAAGACCCCAGUACUGUUGUUCUACAAAAUAUUGAAAUUGAGGAUGGAAAUGAGCUCCCAAUUAUUCUACAUGACUUCAGUAACAACUCUGAUGGGAACCUACAGAUUGAUAGUAUUGGUUCCUUAGAAGAAGAUGUCAUCCACACAUACAUUAUUGAAGGUGAAUAUGAUGAAGUAAAUGGUCAAGAAAUAAUAUACCAGGAAGUUGAUGAAGAUGAGGAUGAAAAUACUGUGCAUUAUGUUAUCCAUCAAGAAGACACUGAAUAUGAUGAAGAUCCAGAUGAAUUCCAUGAAGAUGGUAACCAUACUAUUAGGUACACAUUUCAAGAAGCAGAAGAAAAUGUUGAUGAACCUGAAUCUACUGUUGAAUAUGUUGAAGAAGAGGAUUAUUCUAGCAAACAAAUUGGCAAAAACAAAAUUGUGCAAGAUAAAUCAGUGCAAGAAAGCACUGAGGAAGAAAUUAAGGUGCCAUUCAUCAAGAGAGAGGAGGACCUAAUAGAAUGUGAUAUUUGCCAAAAGUAUUUCAGAACUAAAGCAGCGCUCAAAAGACACAUUUCAGUGAAUCAUCAAGCCAAAAAUGAAAUGGAUGUGGAUGAUCCAUUGACAUUAAAAUUAUGCUUAUGUUGUGGAGAACCUUCAGAUUCUGGUCACACUGUUGGAGAUUUCAAAUGUGAAACUUGUGGCAAACUGUUUGUCCAAAUGAAUUACUUGCAACGUCACAUUAGCAUUGAACAUCCUAUAGAUGAACAGUAUGCUUGUUCAGAUUGCAAGAAAGUGUUCAAGAUCAAAGAGGAACUCCUUGAACAUAUGAAAAUCCAUCCCAUUAAGACUGUGAAGUGCCUUGAUUGCAAUAGGGAAUUCAGUAGGAAAUACCACUUGGACAGACACAUUGGACAAACUGGGUGUAUGGGACACCCUAGGAAAGCAUAUGACUGUAGGGUAUGCAAUAAAUUUUUUACCCGUAAGGACAAUUUGGCUGAGCAUCUGAGGGCUCAUGCAGGGCAGACCAAGAAGAAGAAAAAAUAUACUUGUGAAUUUUGUAGUAAAGAUUUCCAUGGCAUCUCUUUGCUGAAUAUCCAUAUUAGAACACACACAGGUGAGAAGCCUUACCCUUGUGAUCUCUGCCCAAAAAGUUUUCCUUCCAGUGGAGCCAUGAAAAAGCAUCGGCGAAUGCAUACAGGAGAGAAACCAUAUCGAUGCGAUAAGUGCGACAAGCAAUUCGCAGCCAAGGAGACCUUGAACCGGCACUGUCGCACCCACACCGGCGACAAGCCGCACAGUUGCCAGUUCUGCGGCAAGGCGUUCAUCCAGCCGUCGCAGCUGCGCGCGCACAUCUUCCAUCACACCGGCGAGAACGCGUACACGUGCCACUACUGCGGACGCGCCUUCAACCGCAGGCUCAGGCUCACCCACCACAUCAAGUUCAUGCACGAGGGGGCAGAACCAUUGCCUUGUGAGGAGUGUGACAAAACUUUCUACAGGAAGGAAGACCUAGCUAGGCAUAUGUUGUCGCAUAGCGGAGAAAAAUCAUUCGUUUGCGAAAUCUGCCAGAAAGGCUUCUCCGUGAAAUCCUCCCUGAAAAUCCACAAACUGACCCACAAAAAAGAGCAGCCAUGCAGCUGCGAUACGUGCGGGCGCGCCUUCAUCCGCAAGGACUGUCUCAUGCGCCACAUCCGAGCCAGGCACCGAGACGUGCUCGAAGACAUCAUGGCCAACGCCGAAAAGAAGCGGCUGCAGCAGCAGCUGCUCAGCGCCGCCUCGAGCGCAGCUUCGAUGACCAGCUUGGCCGAGAACCACAUCUGGAACGAGCUGACCUUGACCGAGUCGAUCAAGGAGCUGCUGACGCUGCUCGUGGACGAGGAAUGUUUGCUGGAGUUCGGGUACCCUGAUGCACCUGUGGACAGGGUGUUGGACUGCGUGAUAAGGAGGUGCGGGUAUAAACCGGCUUCCGAAGAGGACUUUGAUUAUAUUGGAAGGAUGCGGGAGAACGCGAAGCUGUUGUUUACCGUCGUCAUCGACGAUGAAGCUGUCAAGGAGUUGCUGAAUAAUCAAACGGUGGACGAGGUUAUUUUGCAUGUUCUCAGGUUGGCGAAGAGAGUCGAUGAUGAGAAGUUUCUUUGCGGUGGCAUUUAUGAAUGUGGUUGGAAUUUUUAUAUGGUUUAUGGUAAAUUUAUUUAUAUCUUCCAAACUUUCAUAAAGAAAACCUUUAAUACACUUUCUGGAAGAACUGAGAAUCUAAAUAUCUAG